AUGGAUGGUGCAAAUAAUGUGACUGAAUUCAUUCUUCUGGGUCUCACACAGAAUCCAGAGAUGCAGAAAAUAUUUUUUGUGGUAUUUUUAUUCAUUUACUUGUUGACCUUGGUAGGAAAUCUGCUGAUUGUCAUCACCAUUGCAACCAGUCAGACUCUAAGUUCCCCUAUGUAUAUCUUUCUCUCCUACUUAUCCUUCUUAGACAGUUGUUAUUCUUCUUCCAUGGGCCCCAAAAUGAUAGUUGAUUCACUCUCUGACAGGAACAUGAUAUCUUUCAAUGCAUGUAUGACCCAGCUUUUUGCAGAACAUUUGUUUGCUGGAGCUGAGAUCAUCCUGCUAAUGGUGAUGGCUUAUGACAGAUAUGUAGCCAUCUGUAAGCCCCUGUAUUACUUGACCAUCAUGAGUAGAUCAGUAUGUAUUCUUUUGGUGGGAUUGGCCUGGAUGGGAGGCUUUAUUCAUGCCAUUAUAAUUAUUAUAUUCAUUAUCUGGCUACCUUUCUGUGGUCCCAAUGUUAUUGACCAUUUUCUUUGUGAUUUCUUUCCUUUGCUGAAACUCUCUUGUGUUGAUAUCCAUCCCUUUGGCCUUUUUGUUGCUGCCAGUAGUGGAAUAAUGUGUAUACUCACUUUUUUCAUGCUUCUCAUAUCCUAUAUCAUCAUCCUGAACUCCCUGAAGACUCACAGCUCAGAAGGGCGGCACAAAGCUCUCUCAACUUGUGUAUCCCACAUUGCGGUGGUCAUUUUGUUCUUUGUACCAUGUAUGUUUGCAUAUCUACGACCUAUGACAACCUUCCCCAUUGAUAAGGCCAUGGCUGUGUUUUAUACAAUGAUAACUCCUAUGUUAAAUCCUUUAAUUUACACACUAAGGAAUGAGGAAGUUAAAAAUGCCAUGAGAAAAUUAUGGAAACAAAGAAUCAAUUUGAGUGGAAAGUAA